AUGACAUUCCGACAAUUUUAUUAUUUUUUCGCUGUUUGUUUCAUCGGAAAUCCUGCGGUUAUUGGAUUUGAUCCUGAUUAUUCCAUCGUCAAUAGGUUAAAUCACUUUUUAGAGGCCUCGUUGAAUACGGUGCUGGCUGUCAGUAUUGGAGAACCAAAAUCCAUCGACGAGGAAGUCACUUUUUGGGCAGCGACACAUGAAAAUCCGAAUUUCACUCAAAUUCACAUAAAUGACACAGAUAUCGGCGAAAAGUUGAAUACAAAGUUGCCCGUUGCCUUCAUAAUUCACGGAUGGUUUGACAGUGCCCAUCGAAAUUGGGUCAAAAAUAUCGCUUCCGCCUUUUUGGAGCACACAAAGACGAAUGUUGUUGCUGUCGAUUGGAAUCGUCUCGCCUUACAAGAAUACACAUUAGCUGCCGAUAGCACCGAAGAAGUUGGCGAACAAGUAGCGAAAUUCAUCACAAAAUUAAACGACCUCGGAAUUCCUUUGAAAAAUGUCACUUUAGUGGGUCACAGUAUGGGCGCACACAUUUCAGGAUUCGCGGGAAAGCAUCUCGGCGGCAAAGUAGGAAGAAUUUUCGGACUUGAUCCAGCUGGGCCGAUGUUCACAAAGCUCACUGUGAGACCCGAAAGUGAACGAUUGGAUCCAUCAGAUGCGGAAUUUGUGCAAGUUAUUCACACAGACAGAACGUUCAUUGGGACACAAAUCGCAUCGGGCCAUCAAGAUUUCCAUCCAAAUGAUGGCAUGAGUCCGCAGCCCGGUUGUUUGCUCCCAGUGGCACAGAACGCCAUUCAUUUCAAUCAAUUUCUGUGCAGUCACUUUAAGGUUGUCGAGUAUUUUCGAGAUGCAUUGAAUCCCAAAACGGCUUACAUUGGCAGGACAUGCAAUUUUGGGUAUAUGGGAUACUCGAUAGGGCUCUGCAAUAACACGACAUCAGCUAGAUUUGGGAUUUAUACAAAUGAGACAGUUCGAGGCACUUUUUAUUUCCGAACGCCGCGCAUCCCUCCAUCCUUCGAGCAGUACUUGGGCCUGAGUAAAGUAACUCCCGCUAAUAUUUUCGGACGAUGA